ACUCUAAAGUUUGGAUCAGCACAAAGAAUUCAAAUGUAGGUUGUGAAAUUUAGAUUCAGGAAACGGGUGAAAGAUAUUGGGUUACCUUUCGUUAUAUUGUCAGCAGUGAAAUGCAACCAAAUCCAGAAAGCUCCACGAAGGUGUAUAUAGUAAGUGGGUGGAGCUUUGUGCUGUCAAAUAUUUACCUAGGAGAGUAGCUGAGGUAGAGCAGGAUAAGAUCCGGGUCUUGAUGCUUGUGUUUCACUGCAGCAAGAUUAAUGCUUGGGCAAUGGAUUUUCAUACACUGUACAAAUAUAUCUAUCAGCUUUGCCUCACGAUGCAGGUUGUUUGGGGUUUAGAUGAGGUGAAAAUCCUGAAUCCUCCAGAGGAGGCUUUGCCAGACCAUCUUUUGCAAGUACUCUACUCUUGUGAUAAACCUGCUACAGUACAGCUGGACUGUGUUGUAUCCUUUGAAACUGGCACCAUAAGCACAUUUCUGCUAAGACAGUGGGCUUGUGUCCCAGGUGUCAAUAAAAUAAGGACUAUGAAGCUGAAUCUGCCAGACUGGUUGGUGUAUCAACCUGAUGGGAUUGUUCCAGACUCUCAGUGGGUGCUGAGUUGUAUCCUUCGAGCCUCAGUCAGACACACUGGAUAUGAUGAUACUGAGAAGUCUGUCAGAGCUCAACAUGUGGCAACUUUGAAACCUAAGCCCUACUUAAGUCGACGUGUCAAACAACAUCAGCUCUGUAUUGCCUGGGGCACACGAAUGCUCCAGCUAACUAAACAGUUUAUCCAGAAACAGUGUGCCUUGGAACAAGAAACGCUUCAUUUGCUGUCUUCAAUCUAUGCUUCAACUGGAGAAAUCUUUGGUAUCACAAAGACACUGAAUCCCUACAGGAAUGAGGUUCUGGAGUAUUUACGUGUUAAAGCCAUCUCUUUCCCAUGGUGUACGCUUUCCAUCUGGAUAUUUGUAACCAGACACUGCCAGGAAGCCUUGUGUGGCGUGUUUCAUCAUAUAAAUUCCCAAAAUAAUUAUAUCACACCAGCAAUACUCCUCACAACUUCAGGUCACCUACACAUCCAGAUGAAUGGAGAGUCUCAGGAAUCCUCUGCAUUUCUCUCUUCAUUCAAGGUCCCUUUAAAUGUGUGGUGCAAUCUUAUUGUGAUGGUGCAAGGUAGAACAGUGACUGUCAAUAUGGUAUGCUUGGAUAAAGACCAAAGAACAGUUAAAACUUCUCAAUAUAUGUUUAGAUUUAUUAUCAUGCUUGAUGACACAGAGGGAUAUUUUGUGAUUGGAGGAGGGAAGUAUAUACCAGGAGUGAAAGGCUAUUAUGGACCAGUGAUAUACCACCGCAACCGAAUAGUGCCUGACAUUAUGUCUGACUUUUAUGUUCCAGAUGUUAUACAGAAUUUAAAUCUCACCAGGUGGCUGCAGACUUGUGAAGAAUUUAGCUUUGACAUGAAUGUCAAGAUCAGUGGCCAUUCAAUCAAGAUCCAGCAGAGGACAGAAGCUGAAACCUGCUCUCAUGUUUUCCAUAAGUGGGUGGUAAAACACAGACAAACAUCGAAUCCACAGUGUGAAUCGUGGGAAGCAGCUGCUCCUCGCAGAAGACAUGCUGCUAAACUGGCCAAAUUAUUAGUUUUAAAACAUGAAGGAAGACCAGUUAGCCUGCAUGAUUUGGGCAGAGCACUAUACUCCUUAUCACUCCAUAAGCUGGGCAAAGCGAGCAGCACGGAAGUGGUCAGCAAAGUAUUAUCGCUGCUUCUCCAAGCUGGCUGUCUAGCUGAUACCCGAGCUCUGCACAUGUCAUCUGUGCUUUACAGUACUGGCCUAGGAGUCCAGAAAGAGCCUUUUAAGGCUUGGCUCCUGGGCCUGCUGGGUGCCCAAAAGGGUGAUCGAUUGGCAUUGCUGCAUCUUGGGCACCUGCACCACCUUGGACUGCAUGGUCAGCCCAAGGAUCAUGAUCUGGCCUAUGCCUAUUAUGCUAACAUUGCUCAACAGACAACUAUAGACCGUCACAAUCCCUCACCACAGCAGACAACAGUUGAGGCUAUUUUUGUGAAUGAUGAUAAGAUGUUGAAUAUCCAGACCAGUGAAAACCACCACAUCUUUCAAUGGCUCAAACAUCAGGCUCGGAGGGGAGCAACUGAGGCUGAGCAAGCUAUUGCCCGCAUGCUGUUCUGGGGCCAGCAAGGAGUGACUCCAAACAUCCGGGAGGCUGUGAGACACUAUGAAAGGGGAGCUGUCCAGUGGGAGGAUCCAGUGUCAAUGUAUGACUAUGGGAUAGUACUUCUGCAGGGACAUGGAGUGGAAAAGAACAUUCCAAAAGCUGUCACAUUCCUAAAGAAAGCAAUGGAUAAGGGUCAUGUUCCUGCAAUAAAUGCCUUGGCCUGGUACUAUGAGCACUUUGAGAACGACUACAAACAGGCCGUACAGCUAUGGGAACAGGCCGAUCUCCUCAUGUGUCCAGAAGCAGCCUUAAAUCUUGGUGUGAUUUACUCACAGGGCCUUUAUCCAGGAAAACCUGCCAAUCAGUAUAUAGCCUAUAAGUACUAUCUGAAGUCUGCAGAGAGAGGAAAUAUCAGGGGAGGGAUUCUGAUUGCUGACAUUUGGACCACUGGGAUGCCUGGCUUUGUCAACAGACAUCCAUCGGACGCCGUUUUGUCAGCAAAUUACUUUUUAUUUAUUUCAAUUCACAUGCAUUACUAUUUGUGCCUUGACCAGAAUGUAUUCUUAACUGACUGCAGGUGGGUAAAGUGGGCAGCGGAGCACAACGGAUACUUGGGCAGCGUCUUACACAAAGCUUUGGAUGCCUAUCUCAAGAGUGACGUGUUCACAUCACUAUUAUAUUACAUGAUGGCUGCUGAAGCAGGAUAUGCAGUUGCACAGUUUAAUGUGGCAUACCUGUGUGAACAAAAUUUGGGAGGUUUUCUGGAUCCUGUUUAUGCAUCAGACUGCAUGUGGAGAUAUUACAACCUUACAAUCCAAAGUCAAAAUCCUAACACUUAUGCUUUUAUUAAGAUGGGCGACUUGUUUUACGAGAGGCAUGGUAACAGGCAGAAAAACUUGUUUUCUGCAGCACAGAUGUACACACUGGCAGCACUAAGGAACAAUCCCCAGGGAUGGUAUAAUUUAGGUAUCCUUGCUGAAGAAGGUUACAAGCUGCCACUGUCUAUACUGAUUAAACUUGGCAUCUCAGAGUUAUACCUGGCAGAGAAGGAAUUGCUUCUAAUUGCUCUGUACAAAAGAUGCAGAGACUCAGAAGAUGCAGACUCAUUCUUUCCUUGCAGCCUUGCCCUCUUCAGUGUAUAUGUACAAAGAUUUCAAAAGCACUAUAGUGUUGCUAUUAAGUUCUGCACUGCUCUUGCUGUGGUUGCAGCUCCAACAGUGUUUUUAAUCAUCCGUGGUAUGUUCAGGAGACGCUUCUUGUCUCUGCACUAGAACCAAGGUUGUUGUGACACUUGCCUGCAAACAAACUGAAGGACUAUGUGGAAAAGUCAACCUUCAUUAGCGCAGAAACACCACACUAGUUUACCUAUUGGUUACUUGGGACAACUGUACGGAGCAAAGCUGACAUAAAAAUGAAUGUAUUUUUUGUAUAUGUAUGUGUCUGUAAUCUCUGUUUACUGCUGUUAAAAAGACUCACUUUUAUUUUAUUUUUUAAUUGAAUAAAUCAUAAAGAGUGCUGUUUCCUCUGUUGAUUA